AUGACAGCCACACCUGCCGUUUUUAUGAAAGUUGAGUCCUCGGCGGCCGAGGUCUUCAUCAGCAAUCCCAGCACGAAUACAUCGUCACUAAAUGGAACAGAUAUUCUAAGGCAAAAGGGGACGAGGUGUCCUGAGGCCUGGAAGGACUGGGGAUACUUGACACAACUGGGCGAGACUUUUCGUGUUGUAUACGUGCGCCUGUUUGGUCAAACUCCUCCCCUUUCCCGAGGAAAUCCUGGCGACAUCUGGGUCGACACCCGUGACCGUAAGAUUUAUUAUUCCGACCAUCUCCAGGUCUGGCAACCUUGGAGAGGACACGAAGAUAAGGUCUUUCACCCCAUCGUCAUUGGAUAUGAGCUACUCUGGGACGCCCUGAAGAAAACGAUAUCCUGGGCUUCUGCGACCACAGCUAAAAGACGAAAAGUACAGAAGAAUAAUACCUCCACCCUCCCGUCCUUAGACAUUUGGAAUCACUUGGCCGCAAUCGAUGAAGCAGGACCUAAGCGUCCUCGUCAUAUUGACAUCGCCCCGCCAAGCAUCCCUGAGCAAAUACUCGCAAUCCUUGACUCCGAAAAUCUCCUUUCUUUUACUGGCGAAUCACCCCCGGAUUCAGCUUACAGUCAUGUUCACCACGAUCCCUCAACCAAGUUGCUUCCAACUGCAAUCCUAACCUACACCGGGAUAUGGAAGCAAGAUUCAAUCGUCCGUGCCAAAGGAACUCAAUUUCCGGAGGAUGCGUCAAUCUUAACAUGGUUCAUUGACGGAGGGCUCGAAAGCGAGGCCAAGCCUGACCGCGCGCGCAAGCUGGCGACGCGCUUUGGGCGAUGGAUUCGGGACGAUGUCGACGGAGAACUCGAAAGCAAGGCCAAGCCGAACUGGGAUUCGACGUUUUGUCCACUCUCGCUCGGCGUAAACGCAGCCCAUUUUCUUGGUAUUCACUGCGGGCACCCAACUAUUUUUCUGCCCGAAAAACCCCGUGCGAAAGAGGGUUUGUAG